UAUAUAUAUAUAUAUAUAUAUAUAAACUACAAACUUUCUUCUCAUAAGGAGUUAUAACUCUGAUGAUUCAAAACUGAAAUACAGUUUCAUUAACUGUGUUAAAAAACAUGUCCCUCGUGAUUUUCUCCAUUUUUGAUCACAAAUCACUCAUGUUUGUCUGGAGAUUUCUCAGCUUUGGUUUAAAAGUAAUCUUAUUGGAUUAAGUUUGAUUUGUGAAGUGAACUAACAUGAACGCCUAAGUGUUAAUGAAAUUAAACUUCACCAAAACUUCGUGUUAUAUUUAUUAACAGUUAAUCAAGUGCCUUCCCAUCUACCAACUUGGCGUUCCGACAUCCUGAAACAAGAACUGGACUAACAGUUAGUAUUAAAGAUUGAUCUGUAACUACAACGGUAGAUGUUAGUCAACUCUGAGAGUAAAUUUGUUCAACGAAAUACAAGCCUGAGUUCCAUAAAACCCUCCACCAUUACUAAAAUUUUUGAAUCACUUGUUUUUACAUAUCAUAAGAGUGUGUUUAUAGUUCCAGUAUUCAUGAUGCUCCCUACACAAAACGCAGCAUUCAUUCCAGAAUAGUCUCCGCGUUGUUUUACGUCCUACAAGCACUCACAAGCGACCCGUCAAUCGAUGGUUCAAUGGUUAGGACGCUCAACUUUUGGUCGCUAAGUUCCGAGUUCGAAUUCCGCUCCAUCUACUCCAGUUUAAUUAACUCAUGCCAAAAUACCCAGUGGAUGAGCUAAUCGGACAUUUUUUAAUUACUAACGGACGGAUUCACUUGACUAAGUAUAUUCACCAUAGAGGAAAGCUUUAGCGAUGGAUAACUAUCAGUCGUUGUUACCAAUUCUUGCAGCAGUUCUCGUGGUAUGGAGUAUUUUACUUGGAAUGUCUUUUCAUCAAAUCGAUGAAGGUCAUGUUGGUGUCUAUUACCGUGGCGGUGCUCUACUAUCUCAGACCAACGGACCCGGUUAUCAUCUGAUGAUUCCCAUCAUAACAACAUACAAACCUGUUCAGAUUACUUUACAAACCGAUGAAGUAAAGGAUGUUCCUUGUGGUACAAGUGGUGGUGUUGUCAUUUAUUUUGAUCGUGUUGAAGUAGUCAAUUAUUUGGCGGCUGAAAGUGUUCAUGAUAUUGUCAAAAAUUAUACAGCUGAUUAUGAUAAAACACUAAUAUACAAUAAAAUUCAUCAUGAACUAAACCAAUUUUGUAGUAUACAUACUCUACAAGAAGUGUACAUUGAAUUAUUUGAUCAAAUAGAUGAAUUUUUAAAGCGAACAUUGCAAGCAGAUCUAAUUUUAAUGGCUCCCGGUUUAUAUAUUCAAGCGGUACGAGUUACGAAGCCUAAAAUUCCUGAAGCCAUUAGACGCAAUUAUGAAGCUAUAGAGGCUGAAAAAACAAAACUGCUAAUUGCUGAACAACAUCAAAAGUUAAUUGAACGAGAAGCUGAAACUGAGCGUCGUCGUGCAAUAAUUGAGGCUGAAAAGCUAGCUGAGGUUUCUGCAAUAGAAUGGCGAUCUAAAUUAGUUGCUCAAGAGCAUGAACGGAAAAUCAGUGAAGUUGCGGAUGCCACACAACUUGCCCGAUCUAAAGCACUUACAGACGCAGAAUAUUAUCGUGCCAUGAAAGAAGCUGAAGCAAGCCAUUUAAAGUUAACUCCAGCGUAUUUGGAAUUAGCAAAAUACCAAGCUUUGGCACAAAACUCCAAAGUUUACUUUACCGGUGAUCAAGGAAACCUUAUUAUGGAUCUUUUGAAUCAAAUGUCUUCAAGUUUGUCUAAAUCGAAUGUGUCAACCAAAGAUCAGGUCUCAUCUUCAUUUGUGUAACGUUUCUCCAUUUUUUUAGUAAUUAUACUAUCUAAAUAGUUUUAUAUUUCAUUCGAAGUCGUCUAUUUAUGUACAUUUUUGUAAUAUUGUAUAAUAAACCAGAAACUUUUUAUUUGUC